AUGAUCGAAUAUCUAACUAACUGCCGCUUGACUAGCAUUGAAGCAACGAACUCAAACAGUGGAAUAAUCCUAAUGGGAGACUUGAACAAAUUAGACACCUCUCGCAUUAGUCGCCAAUUUAAUCUUAAACAGCUGGUAAAAUUCGCAACCAGAGGCGAAAGAACAUUAGAUGUCAUCCUAACAAAUCUCUCCAAGUUCUACGGAAACCCACAAAAACUCGCACCUUUUGGUCUUUCUGACCAUUGUACAAUAAACGUGCUUCCUAAUACCAAAUCCACAACAGAAAACAUGUUUAAAGUCAUAAAAACACGAAACCUAAGGCAAAGUAACAAAAACGCGGUAGGCAGAACUCUUUCUGCUGUGGAUUGGUCACGUCUAGAUAAUGUUGUCACUUGCAAGGAAAAGGUGUCAAUCUUUAACGAUAUAGUCGUGAACACGAUUAUUUUACAACUACGAUUAAAGGCCAUAAUGCCUAUUACGGCAAAAAAGAUCCAUAUAAAUAACGCACCUUGGAUGACCACUAAGCUCAAGGGCCUUAUUAGAAAACGGCAAAAGGCAUUAAACAAUGGAAAUCAAACCGUUUUUAAAUAUUACCGUAAUAAGGUAAACUUGGAACGGAAAAAAUGUAGACAAACGUACUUCCACGAGAAAAUCAAAAGCCUUAAAUACACUAAGCCUAAAGAUUGGUGGCGAGCAGUCAAGAAUAUUAGUGGAAUGGACCCAACUUUAAAGCCUGAUAUUUUAUCAUGCUUACAGAUCGAGGAAUUUCAACAAUUGGAUAAGUUUGAGAUUGCCAAUCAAAUUAAUGAUUCAUUCCUUGAACCAUUACAACGUUUCCAAGCAUUGAACUCUUCAAAUUAUGUCAAUGCCUCGGAUGUUUCGAAUAUCAGCGACUCAAAUAUGCUGACUGUUUCAGA